AUUAAAGCGCAAAUGUAGGGGCAAAUUUGAAAAUAACAAUUUAGCAUUUUCUUCUCUUGCUCAUCUCCUCAGUCUGAGAGUCUCGUUCUGAGUCUCGCCCAGCUGACCCAGCCAUGCCAAAGUCCAACUUCAACCAUUAGUAUCUGUAAUUUCUCGUACUCCUCGCCUACAUUUCAAUUGCCCUUCUGGUUUAGCUAAUUUUUCGACUGAGAUACCGCAGCUAUGGUUGCCAAAUCAAAUCCAAAAUCAACGCCAAUGAUACAUGCCUUUGUUUUCGCACUGAGCCUGUUUGUGUUUCAAUCCGAGUCGGCGCCUCAGGCUUUCCGGAGAGAUCCAGGUCACCCUCAGUGGCACCACAGUGCCUUCCACGACGUCCGAGAUGGCGUUCGAUCCGAUGUUCGCCGCAUGCUCCAUUCUCGCGCUGAGGUUCCGUUCCAGGUUCCGCUCGAAGUGAAUGUGGUGCUUAUUGGUUUCAGUGCUGAUGGAGGCUAUAGGUACUCGGUCGAUGCGCACAAAUUGGAAGAGUUUCUGAAAAUCAGCUUCCCAUUGCAUAGGCCUUCCUGCCUGGAGACAGGACAGCCUCUCGAUAUCGAGCAUCAAAUUGUCUAUAAUGCCUUUCCUGCCGGGCAGCCAGAACUAAUAGCUCUGGAGAAGGCACUGAAAGAGGCUAUGGUUCCUGCAGGAAAUGCAAGAGAGGCUGAUUUUGGAAGGGAAGUACCUCUGUUUGAAGUGGAUGCAACUGUAGUGGAGCCUGUAUUUCAGAGGUUAUAUUCCUACAUAUUUGACACAGAGAAUGCUGCUUAUUCCGCUGCUAAUGAUAUGGAUCGGCAAGUUCCAAGUGCAAUAUUUAUAGUCAAUUUUGAUAAGGUCAGGAUGGAUCCGAGGAAUAAGGACAUUGAUCUUGACAGCUUAAUGUAUGGCAAACUUACACAGCUCACUGAGGAAGAUAUGAAAAAACAAGAGGGAGACUACAUUUAUCGCUAUCGAUACAAUGGAGGAGGUGCAUCUCAAGUUUGGCUUGGCUCUGGCAGAUUUGUUGUGAUUGAUCUCUCAGCAGGCCCAUGCACAUAUGGAAAGAUUGAAACUGAAGAGGGAACUGUCAGUUCCAGGACAUUGCCACGACUUAAGAAUGUGGUGUUUCCAAGAGGUUUCGGUGCAGCUAGUGAUCAUCCUACACAUGAUGUAUUUGUUGGACAACUUGCCUCUUUAGUAUCCACCACAGUUGAGCAUGUUAUAGCUCCAGAUGUUAGAUUUGAAACUGUUGACCUGACAACAAGGCUGCUUUUACCAAUAAUUGUCCUCCAAAAUCAUAAUCGCUACAACAUUAUAGAUAAAGGCCACAACUACAGUAUAAAUAUUGAAGCAAUUGAGGCAGAGGUGAAGAAAAUGGUUCAUGCUGGGCAAGAAGUUGUGAUUGUUGGAGGUUCACAUUCGUUACAUCGCCAUGAGAAGUUGUCGAUUGCUGUUUCAAAAGCUAUGAGAAGCCAUUCCCUGCAAGAAACUAAGAAUGAUGGGCGCUUCCAUGUUCAUACCAAGACAUAUCUGGAUGGUGCUAUUCUUAAAGAAGAGAUGGAACGUUCUGCUGAUGUGCUUGCUGCUGGUUUGCUUGAGGUAGCUGACCCAAAUCUUUCAAGUAAAUUUUUCCUCCGCCAGCAUUGGGCAGAUGAAUCCGAGGGUUCAAGUGAUUCUAUUCUAAAGCAUAAACCUCUUUGGUCCGCUUAUGAAUCAAAGCACGGAAAGAAAAAAAAAAAAAUACAAAGGAAACAAGGAGAGUUUUACCGAACUUAUGGAACAAGAGUGAUUCCUGUUUUUGUGCUAUCAUUGGCUGAUGUGGAUCCACACCUUAUGAUGGAAGACGAAAGUCUUGUAUGGACAAGCAAAGAUGUAGUGAUUGUACUUGAGCAUCAAAAUGAAAAGAUACCUCUUAGUUAUGUUUCAGAAACUCAGAGAAGGCAUGCCUUUCCAUCUCAGGCACAGCGCCAUAUAUUGGCAGGACUUAUCUAAAGUAAUUGUUAAUCUUUUUGGCAGAGGAACACAAUAUAUGCACGUGUAGAUUCUGCUCUCCUCAGAAUUCGUGAGACGUCAGAGGCUGUACAAACUUUUGCAGCACAGUAUCUAAAAACUCCGCUUGGUGAACCAGUGAAGGGAAAGAGGAACAAAACAACCACUGAACUAUGGGUGGAGAAGUUUUACAAAAAAACAACUAACUUGCCUGAACCGUUCCCACACGAAUUAGUUGAUAGAUUGGAGAACUACUUGGAUAACCUUGAGGAACAGCUUGUAGAUUUGUCUUCAUCGUUAUAUGGUCAUCGCUUACAAGAUGCACAUUUGAACAGUUCAGAGAUUCUCCAGAGUUCCAUAUUUACCCAGCAGUACGUAGACCAUGUUCUGGCCAAUGAGAAGGAAAAGAUGAAAUGCUGCGACAUUGAGUACAAAUAUCCUGUGCAGGCAUCUCAAACUUAUAUCUAUGGGGGGAUUCUUAUUGCCGGAUUUGUUGUAUAUUUUGUUGUCAUUUUCUUUUCAUCUCCCGUGCGCUGACUCUAGUUUAGAUAUUUUAUGGCAAAACGGAUACCCAUCAACCCUGAUUCCCGAGGCACAGAUUACACUGAAGAAAUGUAGGAGCAAGAUGUUAGACAGAGAAACUUUGAAAAUUUUGCAGCACGCUCUGUGUCUCUGCCUUGUUCUAGCCAAGUUAAGUUAACUAGAACAGAUUACAGCAUGAAGCUUGUAGCCUUGGAAUUAUGACUGACCGGACUGUAUCUGUACUUACCAUUUUGAAACUUGGGUAUAAAUACACAUCAAGGAUUUCUAGUUUUAA